AUGGUGUCCCUCAGAUGCUUCGCUUUCUUCGACAAGUGUUACGGCAUGUAUCGAAUAUCUUCUUUUUUUGAAAAUAAAAAAAAAUUCUAUAGUUCGUUAAUGGACUUUAUUUUUAUUUUUUAUUUUUUUUUUGUUGCGUUAUCAACAAUCAAUACGAUUCCCCAUCCUCCUCUUUCCCUCACCCCUAAAAUAAUUAAAAAAAGGAAAAAAAAGAGAAAAAAAGGAGGAACAUACGCGCGAGUAUGUUGUGGGAAAAGAGAUGAGGAAUGGCGGGGAAAAGGGGGAAAGGAGGGAAAAAUAAUUAAAAAAGGAAAAAAAAAGAAGAGAAAAACAGAAGAGAAAAACAGACAAAAAGCAGCCGACCGUAACGUGACGUCCCUCCACAUUCAUUCCCCCUUAUUUUUGCUUCUUUUCUUUUUCUUUCUUUCUUUCAAUAAUAUUUAUUUCUUACUCAAGCGCUCUUUCCCUUCAGCACAUCCGCAUCUGGGCCAUUAG